AUGUCUGCUACGUCUCACGUCGGCGAACACAAGAAGACAUACCUGUUUGGCACUGUCGCCGCUGUCGUCUGCCUCGUCGUUCUCGGCGGCCGUACAGGCGGUGUCUCACAAGCAUCCUUGGCCAAUUCAAACGACGGGCGCUACUGCAAGUGGAUAUUUGAUCGUUACGAAUCGUCAUUCUACGAGACGGAGUGGUUCAAUCUCGUGUCAAACGGUGGCGUGAAUGACAAUGUAUGCUCAGUCAUCCGCGAGCCUCGUCAUGCGAGUAUGGUUGCAGAUAUCAUAACGCGUUUGUCUGACCUCGUUGGCAAUCUCGACUCCAGUAUCCGAUGGUUUGAACAAGAUACAGCCAAGACGACCACUGAACAUGCAAGCGAUGGGCUCUUUUCUCGCUUCCACUACCGGCGUGUCUGCUUCAACGAGAACGAUGGUGCCUGGUACAAAGCACCGGGUAGGGGCGUACAGCUCAUUGAGCCACUCUUUGGCAUGCUUCGGGAUCCAUACGAUGCUUGGUGCGGCGGCGAGCUUGAAUUGCCAACAGUGCCGGACAACUACGAGAAUGAGAUGACUUUUGAAAGCACACAACAUCUUUUACCACAAGGAUAUGCACCUUAUGCCUUUUCACUCGAAGACGGUGACUCUGCAUUGAGCUGGAGGCCACAUGGUCGUCCGCCAUGGCAUUCCAAUCAUCAUCCGGUCGAGAUUCCGAACGCUCGGUAUAGCUACAGUCCGCCUCGGAACAUGCUCAUUGAUCUGGGUGCAGAUGCGUUCAAGAAGAGUCUCAAUGCAGGCAUCUGGUUCAACAAGCACUAUCACGAUCGAGGCCAACCAUUCGAGUCGAUCCUAGUAGCAACGUCGGAUGAACCAACCAAGUAUCCAGAUCUGCGAGCUGCCUACGAUGGCAUUCCUGAAGAGCUUAUUGGCAUUUACAAUGUCAUUGGCGUCCCUGUUACCCUCGAAAAUGAUCGCACCAAUGUGGUUGACCUGUUGCGACGCACAGUACGGCCGAAUGACAAUGUAGUCCUGCGCUUACACGGCUUUGCUCGCGGCUUCAGCAAAGCGUUCAUCCAAAAACUCGCCAAAUGGGACGAUGAUCCAUUACGUGGUGGGCUUUCAGGACUUGUGGAUGAGCUGUACUUUGAGCACAAGGUCAAUUUCAUGCCCAUGGCGAAAAUUUGGGGAUUUGGAGGCGGUGAGGAUCCGCUCGAGGCUGGUAGCUUGGCUUCCUCAUACAAGCUGUUUAUGGAUCUCAGGAAUCAUGGCAUUCGGGCACAUUCAUGGCCAUAG